AAAGCAAAGCAAAGCAAAACAAAGAUGCUCCCUCUCCCACUAAAGUUGGUACGACAAGCCCUUACCCAUCACCCAUUCCUCCUCUCCCAAAACACCCACCACCGUUGCCGUCGCCUCUAUCGCCAUCAUCACCAUUACAACGGCCAUGAUAUCGAAGAUGAAGAGGACGAAGACGAAAAUGAUUAUCAUGAAGACGAUGUCUGCAAUUCAAAAUCCAGCUUUUACAAUUUUCAUUGCCAUUCCUCAAAGCCGCCGAAACCCAAAUCCGAAACCAAAACCAAAACCCCAUUGCUUCUUUUUCUCCCUACGAGAGAAAUCAUCGGCGACACAUACAGUUUAGCCAACAUAGCCAGAGAAAUGGGCAUGGAUUUGCACCCUACGCCUUCCCUUUCUCACAUCAUUUUCUCUUUCUCUUCUUCAUCUCCCUCUCCUUCUUCCUCUUCCUCUUCCUCUGCUUCUUCCUCCGCCUUGUCUCUCUCUUCUUCCUUCUCCAUGCCUUUACCCACCGGUGCAGUUUUGAUUUCCUUCCCUACACUCUCUUCCUCUUCCCUCUCCCAUCUUCGAUCCUUCGUUUCCCUCUCUAAAGGCCUUUUCAAGCUGGUAUUUCUCACUACCGAUGACUCGGAUUGCGAUGCGAAACUCGAUGAUGCGCGUAACUGGGAUUACUAGUCCGUUUCUCUGUUUUCGAAGCGGACAGGCGAUCGGAUCGAUUCCAUUCAGUCGUUUCAAGGGCUUUAGCUGGAAUGGGAUGGACCCUUUUCAGUACGAGGAAAAACCCAUCUCUGGAUUCUCUUAGCACCGCUUCCAAAUCUGUUUAAUUGUUCAGGAAAGUGGAUUCGGGUCGGGUUCGUGGAGGGAGAGGCAAUGGGGAACGCAUGAUAAGAGAGCUGAGAUUGCCUUCGUUGGAUUUCAGGAAUGCUCCUUUGAAGAUCCAUCUCUGGAUUCUCUUAGCACCGCUUCCAAAUCUGUUUACUUGUUCAGGAAAGUGGAUUCGGGUCGGGUUCGUGGAGGGAGAGGCAAUGGGGAACGCAGGAUAAGAGAGCUGAGAUUGCCUUCGUUGGAUUUCAGGAAUGCUCCUUUGAAACUUUUGCAGUAUGUUGUUCUCCUUCCUUCCUUCCGUCCGUCCGUC